UUUAAAUUGCGAUUCUUCCUCUCAUCUCCUCAGGUUCACCUUCAACAAUCUCUCUCUCUCUCUCUCUCUCUCUCUCUCUCUACUGGUUUUUUGGUUUUGGGUUGCGAUUUUCUGCAAACGGAUAAUUAAUUCCUUCCUUCAUUCUAUGGAGUUAGCUUUGAGCCUGGGUGAUACCCCAAAACCUUUUCCCUUUCUCGAAAAAUCUCCGACCAUGAUUUUAGGGAAAGAUUUAGGGUUUUGCAUGGCAGCCGCCGCCGCCGGUGAUGUUGGUGACGAUAACAAUGGCGCCGGGAUCGCCGCCACUAGCAGUAAGGACGCCGACGCCCGAGGAAAAGCUUCUUCCUCAACUCCGCCGCUCCAGCUUGAGCUUCUCCCUUUCUCUCCGGUUCACAAAACGAACCAACAGUCGUCUUGCCCUUCUCUCAACAAGAUUCCUUUCCCAUGGCUCCAUCACAACUGUUUCCUGAUUUCGUUUGCAGCAGAUUCAGGGCUAGGGUUUGAGCUCAACCGGAGAAGUGAUAAUAACGACGGCGGUGAUGAUCAGGCGGCGGCAACGGCGAUGAAUUCAUCGUCUCCAAACAGCGCAGUUUCUCCCCCUCCCCCAUUUCUGGUGGACUUUUCCAUGUUCAGAUCAGGGAAAAGAGAUUCGGAGCAGAUGGAGGGCAGCGAGGCAGACAGAGGGACAUCUUCAAGGGGCAGCGACGACGAAGAGAAUGGAAACUCCAGAAAGAAACUCCGGCUAAGCAAAGACCAGUCCGCCUUUCUUGAAGAGAGCUUCAAAGAACACAACACCCUUAAUCCUAAGCAGAAGCUUGCUCUUGCUAAGCAGUUGAAUCUUCGUCCUCGCCAAGUUGAAGUGUGGUUCCAAAACAGAAGAGCGAGGACGAAAUUGAAGCAGACAGAGGUAGACUGUGAGUAUUUAAAGAGGUGCUGCGAGACGUUGACAGAAGAGAACCGGAGAUUGCAGAAGGAGCUCCAGGAGUUGAGGGCCCUCAAGGCUUCUCAGCCCUUUUAUAUGCAGCUUCCGGCCACCACCCUCACCAUGUGCCCUUCCUGCGAGAGGGUUGCCACCACCGCCACCGCCGCCGGAAACAUUAACAAUAAGUCUUCUAAUCCUAAACCCCUUUCGCUCUCUGCAAAUAAUAACAAUAAGAAUGAAUGAAUGAAUGAUGAUUAAUUAAUUGAUUUUAAUUAGCUACCUAGGUGUCUUUGCUCCAAUUUUUUUUGGGAUCAUUGUAUGUAUACACAAGCACAGAUGGGAUGGGAUUGGAUCCUAAUGAACUAUCUCAUCUAGCUGAUGAUAAAUUAAUUGUUACUUGAUUUGUAAUUGUAAUUGUAAUGGGGUGGGCUAUUGCAUAUUCAUAUUAUCUUGUUGAGAAGGGAUGGAUGCUUCUUGGAAAAGCAUUCAUCCAACAAUCAUACUUAGUUUGACAAUAUUGUAGUGUUUGAGCAGUUAAACAAAAGUAUACAUGUUUAUUUUUCUUGUUCUUGUUCUUGAGAAUUGAAUUUCUCGACCCAAUCAAAUCAAUGAUUAGUAUUUCUUUUGUGUAAUGUAAAUGACAGUCAAUUUAAUACAGCAAUUGUGGCGGAGGAGACUUUUAGUUGGUUAGUGAAAUCAUAAAUUGAAGCUAAUCAUUGUUUUGUUGCCCAAACAAUGAUGAUAUUCUAGAAAUCGCCAAAUAAUCAUCAUAAUGGGAAAUUAAUUAGUAAAAAUUU